ACAAAGUGUGGUGUUCCUCCUUGGUGUAGGGAGCUUACAGCUGUUUGCACAGAGCAACUGGACUGGACCUCCUACUGACUUAGAGCCUCAGGAUUUUCUUCCACCUGAAAUAUUGCAACAGUAUAAUGAGACCAGUGCAUUGUCAACUUCUAUCUUAGGGAUACUGGUUCUAGAUGGUGAAUCAAUAUACAGCUUGACUACCCACCCUAUCUUGUUGAUGCUGGCUAGAGUCAUCCUUGUGAAUUCCAGAAAUAAGCUAGAAGCUAUUCAGACAUUGCCCUGGUGGACACUACGAUGUAUUAAUCUCCACCAGCAGCUGCUAGAAGAAAAGUCACCUGAACUCUUUGCUGUUGCCCAGGCCUGUAUACAACAAGUUUUUGAAAUUGAGACUUUGUUCAACGAUGAUGAAUGUUGGCAUCUUGCUGUUCAAUUUCAUCUAGAAUGUGCUUACACAUUUUUGAAUUAUUACGAGUAUAAAAAAGCCAAAGAACAUUUCCUUGCAGCUAAAGACAUAACUAAGUUACAGAUUGAGUUGACAGGUGCUCUGGGAAAAAGAACAAGAUUUCAGGAAAAAUAUGUAGCCCAACUGAUACUAGCUGUUCAGAGGAAAGAUAACAUCCUCCUUCCUUACCGAGAACUUAGUCCAGCACCUACUCCACUGGAAGAUUUAACUAAGAAUUAUACUUUAGAUGAUGACACCAUACUAAAUGAAAUAAAGUUUGAAGAAUCUCAUCAGAACCAGAUGCCUGACCUCUGUGCAGAAGAACUUGCUGUAAUCCUUGGAAUUUGUAUAGACUUUCAGAAAAACAAUCCUGUCCAUAAACUCACAGAAGAGGAGCUACUUGCUUUUACAUCAUAUCUGCUCUCACAACCAAAGUUCUGGGCAAUCCAAACUUCUGCUCUUCUUCUACGGACAAAACUUGAAAAAGGAAGUAUUCGUCGAAUGGAACGGGCAAUGAAACAGACUCAGGCACUUGCAGACCAAUUUGAAGAGAAAACAACAUCAGUUUGUGAACGUAUGAAGAUAUUUUACAGUUGCCAGGUCCCUCCACACUGGGCCAUUCAGCGUCAACUUGCAAGCUUACUCUUUGACCUUGGAUGCACCACUUCAGCUCUGCAGCUCUUCAAAAAGCUUGAAAUGUGGGAAGAUGCUGUUAUCUGUUAUGAAAGAUCAGGCCAGCAUGGGAAGUUGGGGGUGUGGUUUUCAUUAGGCUGUGCCUACUUAGCAUUGGAAGACUACGAAGGUGCUUCCCGGGCCUUUCAGCGCUGUGUGAUGUUGGAACCUGAUAAUGCGGAGGCUUGGAACAAUCUAUCUACGGCAUAUAUCAGAUUGAAACAGAAAAUAAAAGCAUUUCGGACUCUUCAGGAAGCUCUCAAAUGUAAUUAUGAGCAUUGGCAGAUUUGGGAAAAUUACAUUCUAACCAGUGCAGAUAUUGGAGAAUUUUCGGAAGCCAUUAAAGCUUAUCACAGGCUUAUGGACUUACAAGAAAAGUAUAAAGAUGUCCAGGUACUUAAGAUUCUGGUAAAAGUAGUCAUGGACGGAGUAGAUGACCGAAAUGGAGAGACAGCCAAAGGAUUAAAGGGAAAACUGCAGGCUCUCUUCGGUAGAGUGACUUCUCGAGUGACAAGUGAUGGAGAAAUCUGGAGAUUAUAUGCUAAGCUUUAUGAAAACGGGCAGAAUGAGAACUGUGAAGACAUAGAAAAGGCAUUGCAGUAUCUCACCAAAGCAUACAAAUGUGAAAUCCAAUCAGGAGACUGGGAUAAAGAUACUUUCUCUUUUAAGAAAGUAGCCAGAGAUGCUCUAGAACUUGCACACGUCGCAAUGAAAUGCAGCAAAAUGAAAACUAAUUACCAAGAAGCCUUGCCAAUACUCUCUUCUGCCCGACUCAACUUGCGUGGUUUGGUAGCCAAAGCGAAGCAAAAUUUUGCAGAUGCUGUAAGUGAUGACGUUUCCAGUGACCUCGCUGAAGAAGUGGCAGAAAUGAAGAAUUUGAUGAUGGAAUUGCAAGAACUUAGCAACCAGCUAAGGAAUCAGACUUGAGAAAAGAAGAUCCGAUUUCUUGGAAAGACAGAAGGGCACGGCUGGCACACUUCACUAGUUGUAGCUUGCGCUGAUGAGCAUUCAGUAAAUCAAACACCUAAAGGCCUCUUUUAAAUAAAUAUUUAUCCAUACCGUACAACCAUUAA